CCGCCGCAGCAUCCGCCGCCGCCUCUGCCCCUGGUUGCUCCUGCCAUGGCACGCCCGCACCAUGGUGGCCGCUAGCACCACCCUCGCGUCGCUCUCUCUGCUGCUGCUGCUGCUGCUCAUCCUGCCACAGGUGCGCGAGGCCGGCGCGCUGCCGCGGCUGCGCCACCGGCGGGCCGGCUGCGCGCGCUGCGCGCCCGGCUGGGGCGCCGUGGCGGCGUGCGACCCGGCGCGCGGCCGGGGCACGGCGUGCGCGCGCUGCGCCGCCGGCGCCGCCUACUCGCCGCACCACUCGGCGCGCGCGCCCUGCUGGCUGUGCUCGCGCUGCGGGCCGGGCCUGUUCGAGGCGCGCGCCUGCUCGCCGCGCAGCGACACCGUCUGCGACUCGUGCCGCCGCCUGCUGGCGCCGCACUGCCUGCCCGCCGCCGACGGCGACGGCGACGGCGACCCUGCCGCUGCCCCGGAGCCCUCAGGGGCACUCCACGGCGCGCCUUCCCAGCUGCCGCGCUUUUAA